CUUUUCCAAGCAAAACCCUGCACCUCGAUAUCGAGAUCUACAAUCACGACAAAACUUUCCACAGCCUCGUUUCCCCUACCGACACCUUACCACCACAUCCUCCGACCCGUCUCGACUGAAGCCAAAAUGUCUGCCCAAACCAGCAACGACCACUUCAAGCUGGAGAAUCUCUUUAGCGUCAAGGGCAAGGUUGCCCUUGUUACAGGCGGCGGCUCCGGAAUCGGCCUGAUGGCCACGCAGGCGCUCGCAAAGAACGGCGCAAAGGUCUAUAUCACCGGCCGCACAAGCGAGAAACUCAACCGUGUCGCGGAGCUAUAUAGCAAGAACAUCGACGGGCAGAUAAUUCCGCUUACGGCAGACGUGACGGAUAAGAGCUCGAUCGAGAAAUUGGUCGAGGAGAUCUCGAGCAAUGAAAAGGCCUUGGAUAUCCUGAUCAACAACGCGGGCGUUAGCAGCGCAACGCAGGAUACGGACAAGCAAACACCGGAGGACUUGCGCAAAGCACUCUUCGAGGACGCAAGCAGUUCCAUGGAGGAGUGGGAUAAGACUUACCGCACGAACGUUGUGCAGUGUUUCUACACGACGACUGCCUUCCUCCCUCUGCUCCAGAAGGCCACUGAUGCCCAGCGGGGCUGGUCCUCGACUGUCAUCAAUAUCUCAUCUAUUUCUGGUAUUGUCAAGGCCUCGCAGCACCAUUUUGCUUACAAUGCAAGCAAGGCGGCUACCAUCCACCUGACCAAGAUGUUGGCGCACGAGGUUGCGAGCUCGGGACUGAAGAUUCGUAUCAACAACAUCGCUCCUGGUGUCUUUCCCAGUGAGAUGACAGCGAGCGAGAGCGACGAGAAGCAGAAGUCUGCGCUUCCCAAAGAGAAGUAUGAAGGGAAGGUCCCGGCUGGUCGACCGGGGAAGGAUGAGGACAUGGCCGCCACGGUGCUGUUUGCUGCUACGAACCAGUACUUGAAUGGGCAGACGAUCGUUGUCGAUGGCGGACCGGUUCUUGGUGGCCUACAAUACCUUGGAGAGACCUCUGGGAAGGCAUAUCAUCAAUUCGAUCUUGAACACCCUAGUGCAGAGUACGUAUCUUUGACCAACGGGUACUGUCUAGCUUUACCAGCCAUUGGAAACAUUUCUUUCAACCGCAUAAGUCUCCUGCUUCUCAUCUAA